AUGUCAACAAGGAUCAUUUCGCCUCAGGAUCUUGCUGCAACUGAGGCUGGAUCUUCACCUUCGCGCUCCCAGAGGCCAAUUGACUUGGAGGAGAUUGAUGGAAUUGCAGGACAACAAGGUGUUGGCAGUGCCACGAUCACUGUCACUGGACAAGACGAAGGAGAAGAAAGUGGUGGUGCUGGCAACCAAUACGGCCACAUUCGCCCGACAACAUCAUCUCACUCGCUUCCUUUGCCACCCUUGAUUUCCAAUGAUCGCCGCCUUCAUCGAAGCACAAGUCCGACUACGACAACACAACAGCCGGGACCUUCACUUUCCCCUCCUUCUUUAACUCUUUCAGGUAUUCAGACGCCGCGUCGAAGAAGGGCAGCCAACUUAUCGUCGACAAACCUCGAGCUGCCGCCAAUCAAUUCUCAGGGAGACGAGCCUUCGGGGCAUCACAGUCAAGCGCUCGAGAAUUUACUGCCUCCAACCAAUUUUGACGACCUUUUCUUAGCCGAUCUUGCCAGUGGUGAAUUUUCUUCGCCUUCAUCGUACCCGUCAUUCGGCAAUCCGGAUUCACAGCCGAGCCAAAGCCAGACUCACCGAGUAAGCCAAGCUUCAGCGCUUCAGGCUUCCACUUCCGCACCGCAUCUCGCAGCUGUCAACACUGUCAACAACGCCCCACGCGACCCCUCUGCCGCUCAACACUGCAUCUCUAAUAUCUUGGGCCCCGAACGUAGCACGACUCAACUUUCUUCUUCCACCAACGCAGCUGGCGAAUCCCAAUCAACCUUACAUAUCUUCGACUCUUUCGACGAUAACGAUAUUCUCUUUGAUAGCCCUGCCAGCUCUUUCUCCGACACCAUGCCUCCUACCAUCAGACGAACCACCGCAGCAGCGACCUCUCGAACUGGCUUGGCGCCCACGAAUAAACGACGACGAACAUCUACUGCGGCUGCGAAUGGGAAUGCGACAUCGACGAAGGCACACACAAGACAGAAGAAGACUUCAACAGCCAAGAAAGAUGUGGAUGUUGAUGAACUGUUCUGUUCGAGCCCCCCUCGCAAUUUCGUUGAUCUCGAAACCAACGAAGAAUACGAUACCGUCGACUUGACUGGAACCAAUGAGAUUCCCGAAGAUAUCAAGACGCUGGAGAAGGAUGACCGCAUCAAGCUUGCUGCCUUUCAGUGUGUCAUUUGCAUGGACGACUGCGUUAACCUGACAGUCACGCAUUGUGGGCAUCUUUAUUGCGCUUCAUGUUUGCACCAAUCCCUGAGCGUCGAUGCCACCAAAGGGAAGUGUCCCAUGUGUCGACAAAAGCUUGAUAUGAAGUCAAGAGAUAGCUACAACAGCAAGACUAAAGGGUACUGGGCUCUCGAGUUGAAGCUCAUGACUGCCACGCGCAAAGGAAAACGCAAAGCCAAUACCCUAUCCUGA